UCCGUGCAGGGACAUUACAGUAGCUUCUCUCGAACUAGCUACACCUGCAGCCUACACGGAAUUUUAGGUUUGUUUAAACCAAUAUUUUAGUCUGGUCACAUUCUUCAAACUCACGGUUUUUAUAAUCCGAGGCUAUGUUCGGAAACUACAUGGAUUUUGAAGAUGACCCCUUCUUCACAGAUCCAUUCCGCGCACACCGAGAUCACAUGCGCCAGAUGAUGCGGAGUUUCUCAGAGCCUAUGGGUGGACCCUUCAUGCCGAGCAUCACGGAUGGGAGAAACUGUGGGCACAACCCGGUGGACCCGCCGGCGUUGAGGGGCGAUCACAGGAACACCCGGAAUAUACCCUCGCAAGCCCGAAGAGAGCUUGCAAAUUCUACACAGGAAGGCCGCAGCCUAGCAGUUCGAAAUCGAAGCUUCAGAACUGACACCACGAUGAACCCUUUUGGCAUGUUUGACAACUUCGUGACCAGCAUGAGGACCAGGAUGGAUGGGAUGCACAAAAACUUUGAGACCAUGGGCACAGAUGCAAACACCCACUCGUUCAGCUCAUCAUCAGUCAUGACGUAUUCCAAAGUUGGAAACGACCCCCCGAAGGUCUUCCAGGCCUCGUCAUCAACACGCCGGGCCCCCGGAGGCGUGAAGGAGACGGUGAGAUCCUUGAAAGACUCCGAAAGCGGUCUUGAGAAGAUGUCCAUCGGUCACCACAUCCAAGACAGAGGACAUGUUGUUGAGAAGAAAAUGAACAAAAAAACAGGAGCUAAAGAGUUCAUACAGGACUUCCAGAAUAUAGAUGAAUCUGAAGCGCAGUCCUUCGACGAGGAGUGGCAGAAAGAGUUGUCCAAGUUUAAGCCUUCUGUUUCCAUGGCUCAACUGGAGCCGCCACGACAUCACAGAGGCCAGCAGCCAACUCUCGCCGGUGCUGCACAGACCCACAGAGAACAACCCAAAUCCAAACCUAAAAGUAUCCUGAAGUCUUCCAACUCAACAAAAGAAUAAAACCAUGAACCUGCUCUCAAGUCUCUCAAGUGCUCAUAAGACAUACAUACACGCAAAAUACUAUCAUCACCAUGUGUAAAUCAGAAGGCAUUGAUGUUUUCGUGUUCUACAUUUUGAUUAUUGACUUGGUGAGUGAAGUUUAAUGUGCUGCAGUUUGUCCACGAAGCUGCUUCUCUUUCGUUGUGUUCACAGCUUAUGCUCCCAUCUAACUCAAUAUUUUCAGAUUGCAAUUCUACUACUUUGCUGGCAGUGGCCAAAAAGGAUCGAGAUAGUCAGGAAGGGAGCUUUGCAAUGAUACCCACGAAUAGUUUUGGAUGUUUCUGAAUGAGUGGACCAAUUGGUGUCCUUGAAUGAGCUAGAUUUGAGAUGCUAAGAAGAACUUUUUGUGUGUUAUUAAAUACACUCCUCCUUUUCUUUUUGGCUUUUCCCUUCCGGGGUCGCCACAGCGAAUCAACUGUCGACUAUUUGAUUUAUAGAUGUCAAAAAAAACAAAAAACACUAAAACUGUCAUCACAGGGCCGUAAUUUGAGUGGCUGAUUUAGGAUGAUCCAAAUGCAUUUAGAUAGGUUAAAUGGAUUUUUGUUGAGUACCUAAAAUGUAUCUGCUGUAAUCUUUGUACAAAGAAAAAUGUCUUUCCCUUUUUUUGUAUUGUUCAUUUUUCAUCUGAUCUUAUUAACGCCAUUUGCAUCUGUUGAUCUUGUAUAUUUUGAAUAUACAUUUAGCGCUGAAAAAUAAAAAUGUCAACAGAGAAAUGUGGACAAUUUUUUUAACCCACGUAAAUGAUCUGAAGUUACACAGCUGCUGAAGGAUUUGCUGACCAACACAAAAAAUGGACUACUACUAAAACCUGUGAAUAUUAGGCAUGUUAGAUUAUCGAUCCCAGCAGAUAGACAUUUUUUUUUAACUUUGCUAAACGUUUAUCUAAAUUUGACUAAAUCCUACAAAAAUGUAAGAUCCUAUCUGGCACCACCUGUUGGCCAUAAUAGAACAGUGUAUGGAUAUUUAUAGGCCAACUGGAAGUUGUGAAUGCAC